AUGAUUCUUUCCCGUAUUCAUGGAUCCAAAUUGAUCACUGACCAAGAGGAGCAAGGUGAAAACACCCCGCUUGUCUUGCUCCGACCAUUCAAAAUGCUGAGAUAUUAUGAUAAGGAAAUACGAGAGUGGCAUUUGAAGUUGCUACGUGAUCACGAAACAGCGAAACUCGACACCGAGGGUCUGUAUACGACAACAGGACCUCCCGAUCCUGAUGAGGCCGUAAAGGCUGCUGAGGGGCAACAAUCGUCAGACCCACGAUCGAUGGGGAAAGAUAAGUCGGGGGUGGACGACCCGGACGGCUACAGCACGUCCACCACUGCUCUAGAGUAUCUCGCUUGCUUGCUGGAAUUCAUGGACAAGUAUCUCUCCUCGAAGCACGCCUACUUGAACAGUGUCGGAUGUGACAGGAUCUCCUUCUCGGACAUUUGGCAUCUGUUCAAACCUGGAGACAUCGUCGCCUCCAACCAUGGCAAGCAGGCCUACCUCGUCGCCAACAUUUCCACGCCUCCGCAUAAGGGGGCCAAUCGUUGGUUUUUCUAUACCAGAGAAAAGGACGAUGAGGAGUCUUGUUUCCUGUGUCUACAUUUACCACGAUGGGAGGCAGCUUGGACCGGUCCUAGAGAAAAUCACGAUCAGAAGAUUUGA